ACCAUCCUGAUGCUUGUUCUGCAAAGCGUGCCUCGCCAUCCUUGCGGCGUCUCGUCGUUAUCCAACAAGACCUGUUUGGAAUACACGCAAUUUAUUCCGAAAACAAAUUAAACGCAGUAUCGAAUAGACAGACGUAAUACAGAUCCAAUUUAAAGACUACCUCGCCGUUAAGAAAAAACAACGCAUAUUGACAUCGAGUUCCAGUGGCACUUCACUUGCGUUUGGUAGGCUAAAGCUGUUCAAAUGUGAUUUCCAUCAAAGACGUGUACCAAGGUUAGAUUAAUCCAUAUUUCGAAACAUUGUUUUAUCAUAGAUAUUAGCCAUCUACAAUUUGCUUUUGUGUUAGGCCUAGGCUACUCGUCAAUAGCCUACCUAUCUGGCUACAACAUAUCAACGCAUUUUGGAUUUAUCAAUAGAAUAGGCUACGCCAAGAGGACGCUUUGCAGUAUAGGCCUGUUCUCAUUGUAAUAAUAUCUGGAUAACGAUUCACUCGUAUAAAAAUAGUUCUUCAAACAUCUAUCAAGCGCCACCAUUAAUAUCAGACACAAUGGCUGAUGCUAGCACGGAAUGUAACAUCAAGGUGUUAUGUCGUUUUCGUCCUCUGAAUCAAUCUGAAAUCAUCCGCGGAGACAAAUUCAUCCCUAAAUUCCAAGGUGAUGAUACCGUGAGCAUUGGGGGCAAGUCCUACGUGUUUGACCGCGUGUUUCCCACCAACACCAGUCAGGAGCAGGUGUACAACACCUGCGCCAAGCAAAUCGUUAAAGAUGUGCUGGGAGGAUACAAUGGUACCAUCUUUGCUUAUGGCCAGACCUCCUCUGGAAAAACCCACACCAUGGAGGGUAAAUUGCAUGACCGCCAGAACAUGGGCAUCAUCCCCAGGAUUGCUGAAGACAUCUUCAACCACAUCUUCACCAUGGAUGAAAACCUGGAGUUCCUCAUCAAGGUUUCCUACUUUGAAAUCUACAUGGACAAAAUCCGUGACCUGCUGGAUGUGACUAAAACCAACCUGGCGGUCCAUGAGGACAAGAACAGGGUCCCCUACGUCAAGGGUUGCACCGAGCGCUUCGUCUCCAGCCCGGAGGAGGUGAUGGACGUCAUCGACGAGGGCAAAGCUGCCCGUCACGUGGCCGUCACUAACAUGAAUGAGCACAGCUCCCGCAGUCACAGCAUCUUCCUGAUCAAUAUCAAGCAGGAGCAUGUGGAGACGGAGCAGAAGCUCUGUGGCAAACUCUACCUGGUGGACCUGGCUGGCAGUGAGAAGGUCAGUAAGACUGGUGCAGAGGGAGCUGUCCUGGAUGAGGCUAAAAACAUCAACAAAUCUCUGUCCGCUCUCGGCAACGUGAUCUCUGCUCUGGCAGAGGGAACGAAAACUCACGUGCCGUAUCGUGACAGCAAGAUGACGCGUAUCCUGCAGGACUCUCUGGGAGGUAACUGCCGCACCACCAUGUUCAUCUGCUGCUCCCCCUCAAGCUACAACGAUGCCGAGACCAAAUCCACCCUCAUGUUUGGCCAACGGGCCAAGACCAUCAGGAACACCGCCUCCGUGAACCUGGAGCUGACGGCCGAGCAGUGGAAGAAGAAGUACGAAAAGGAGAAGGAGAAGAGCAAGACCCUGAGGGACACCAUCCUGAAGCUGGAGGCUGAGCUCAACCGCUGGCGCAAUGGUGAGGAGGUGCCUGAGACGGAGCAGUUGAGCCCAGGCGUGGUGCGUCUGGAGCCCAUGGAGGAGACGCCCAUCCUGGACAACAGCAACUCCUCCAUUGUGGUGCGCAUCUCGGAGGAGGAGCGGCAGAAGUACGAGGAGGAGAUCCGCAAGCUCUACAAGCAGCUGGAUGACAAGGAUGAUGAGAUUAACCAGCAGAGCCAGAUGGUGGAGAAACUCAAGGAGCAGAUGCUGGAUCAGGAGGAGCUGCUGGCCUCCACGCGCGGCGACAGCGAGAAGGUCCAGAGCGAGCUGGGCCGGCUCCAGAUGGAGAGUGACGGGGCCAAGGCCGAGGUGAAGGAGGUGCUGCAGGCCCUGGAGGAGCUGGCCGUCAACUACGACCAGAAGAGCCAGGAGGUGGAGGAGAAGAGCCUCCAGAACAAGCUGCUGGCCGAGGAGCUCUCCCAGAAGAUGGCCCACCUGAUGUCCAUCGAGGCCGAGUUGUCCCGUAUGCAGGAGGUGAGCGGACAGCAGAGGAAGCGCAUCGCCGAGGUGCUUAACGGCCUCAUGCGAGACCUGAGCGAGUUCAGCGUCAUCGUGGGAAACGGAGACAUCAAGCUGCCUCUGGAGCUGAGCGGGGCCUUGGAGGAGGAGUUCACCGUGGCGCGCCUCUACAUCAACAAGAUCAAGUCGGAGGUGAAGUCCAUGGUGAAGCGCUGCCGCCAGCUGGAGAACCUGCAGCUCGAGUGCCACCGCAAGAUGGAGGAGACCGGCCGCGAGCUCUCCUCCUGCCAGCUCCUCAUCUCGCAGCACGAGGCGAAGAUCCGCUCUCUGACGGAGUACAUGCAGAACGUGGAGCUGAAGAAGCGGCAGUUGGAGGACAACUAUGACUCCCUGAGCGAGGAGUUCUCCCGCCUGCAGGCCCAAGAGACUGUAGGGGGCGUGUCCAAGAAAGACAGCCUGAUGGAUAUGGAAGAGUCUGGCGAUGUCAAGCGGGUGCUGGAGCAGCAGAUGGAGUCUCGUCGCGAGUCGCAUCACAAGCAGCUGGGCCGCCUGCGCGACGAGAUCAACCAGAAGCAGAAGAUCAUCGACGACCUCUCCGACCGCAACCAGAAGCUGCAGUUGGAGCUGGAGCAGCUGCGGGCUGACUUUGAUCGCCUGAGGAACCAGGAGCAGCACAAGAGCGUGCAGCUGGAGGAGCUGACAUUUCUCCAUGAACGCCACGAGCAGUCUAGGCAGGAUCUCAAGGGUCUGGAGGAGACUGUUGCCCGCGAACUCCAGACCCUGCACAACCUUAGGAAGCUGUUUGUUCAAGACCUCACGACGCGGGUUAAACGAAGCUCCGAAUUGGAGCCUGAUGAUAGUGGGGGGUCUUCCACCCAGAAACAGAAGAUUUCCUUUCUUGAAAACAACCUGGACCAGCUUACAAAAGUUCACAAACAGCUGGUACGUGACAAUGCAGAUCUGCGUUGUGAGCUUCCUAAACUGGAGAAACGUCUUCGGUCUACGGCUGAGCGAGUUAAGGCCUUGGAGGGCGCACUAAAGGAGGCCAAGGAGAGCGCCAUGAAGGACCGCCGGCGCUACCAGCAGGAGGUCGAGCGCAUCAAGGACGUCAUGAGGGCCCGCAACCCGCUCAGGCGUCCCCACGCCGCACAGAUCGCCAAGCCUGUUCGUCCUGGCCACUUCUCCGUUGCCUCUCCCACCAACCCACUGGUGAUGCGCAACAGUGACCACCCCAUCGCCUUCAGCAACGUGCUGUUCCAGAACAGCCCCCAGGCCAGCACCCAGCAGCAGCCCCCGAACCCCAGCACCACACAGAAGAUCACGGCCCCAGUGGAGGUGAGCAACACCACAGUCAACUCCACAGAGACAUCGGACUCCCAUCAGCUCAAUGUGGCCAACGGAAAUGCCACAGACAUCAACGACAACAGUGUGUGUCUCAACGUGUCCUCUGUGUCCAGAGGCGAAGGCCACUGCGGCCCGCACGCCGACCCCAACAACGACCCCAACAACCUCUACAUCAUGCAGCAGCAGACCGCUGCCAGCUAAUAACUCAAAACAGAUGAACAGCCUCGUCCAGAGUCUCCUGUGUAUAUCAGCAUGCUGCCUAUCAGUUUCUCAUAACUCCCCUGCCCUCCUGACCCUAUUCAGAUCUAACCCUCUGGACCCAGAAUCCUCUUGUCUCCUAGUCUCAAGUUCUCCCCUUCAGCUCGCCAAACCCCUGUACCCCUAUACUCCUUCCUUUCAAUACUUCGUAGUUUUAUGAUGUACAUAGAAUACAUGUAGAGAAAAACUUAACUGUGGCAGACACUGUGGCUUCUUAAUGCUUAGCACUGGCAGCCUCUCUAAUUCUCGAAACUCCCAUUUUUUUUGCUGGAGUAAAUAGGACUGACCUGUGGAGGUUCUUGGAGAGCAUGCAGUGUUUCUUCUGGCCACUAGGGUGUGCUGUUUGACUUAUUGUGUGGGAAGUGCACCUUGACAUAAUGUGUACUGCAGCUCUGUAUAAACCUGUGCUAUCCCCCUCCCCCCUUAUUUUUUCAUUCUGUAAAUUUGGAUACUUUCAGUCAGUUCCAGGGCAGGCACAUAUAGACUGGUUCAGAGGGAGUCAUUUUCAUCAGAGGGGCCCCUCUAACCACACAGAGGCAUCCAAUCAGAACCAUGUGAGCACACACUGUCAAGCCUUGCUCCUUCAACUAGGUGCAUGUGCCGCGGUCUAUUGCCCACACACACACACACACACACACACACACACACAUAGCAGAGCCUUAAACAGUAACAACAAAAAAUUGAUAAACAAAAACAAAAAAGUCCUAUUCAUAUAAUUUGUUUUGUACACUGGAGCAAAUAAUCCCCUUUGUGUAUAUAUUCAGCCCCCUUGGAAAUAUGUUACAGUGAUACACCUUCCUCCCUGUGAUAAGAGAUAGGGAGAGAAACAGAAUUUAGCAACAGGAGGAGCAGAGAGAUUAAUGAAGGCUGCUGCCCCAUAUACCCAGAGGCAACCCCUUCCAACCCCAAUGAAUAUAAUGUGUAUAAUAAGCUGUAGUCAUGAGACUGCACAGUGGCAUUGCAGAGAAAUUUUCCACAACCACAUUAACCUGAAGGAUGGAAGCUGUCCCUACUAAGACGGCAGUCGCUCCUCAAGGGGGGAAAAGCAAGCAGCCAUGAUAUCAUCCAAGUAUGUGGUUUUUAGAAAUGAUGCAUAUUUACAUGUAGACUUUUUCCAGUGUGUAUCACCCUCCACGUGGUUAGGAUGUGUUUUGUGAGUCGUUCCCACUGUCUUAUGUCAGUGUGUCUGUAGUGAUGUCUCCACUGGCUGUACAUGGUAGAUGUACUCCCACAGAAUAGUGCAAGGAUACAUAGGGGUGAGGCUAAAGCACUAGAGUAGUCCUAUUUUUAUACAGUCCACCAUUAUUAGUUAUUUCACCUAAAGCAAUUGUUAUAUUAUUGAUUAUGUUGAAUAUUUGUUUGGUACCUGUUUUUUUGUUUUGUUUUUUUACCUAUUGCAGUUAUCAUGAAUUCUCAUGGAAUGUAAUGAAUGUUCAUGUUUUUCAGAGAUUUUGUAGAUUAUUUAUUUAUGUAUGUAUGUAUUUAUUUAUUUAUUCAAGUAUUUAUUUAUUUAUUUGCAUAUCUAUUUAUUGACAUGUGUAUUUGCUUGCUACCUUGAGUGUUUAAGCAUUAUAUUUAUUACAAAUUGUUUAUUAUACUGAAUACUUAAAUAUAUCUAAAAUCCAACUAUAGAAGAGAGGCCAGGACAGAGCAAGAGCAUGAACGUGUAGAAUGUAGAGUGAAGGAGAGAACUAAGGUAUGAUGGAGACAAAUGAAGAGAGAGAGAGUGUGUGUGUGUGUGUGUGUGUGUGUGUGUGUGUGUGUGUGUGUGUGUGUGUGCACGCGUGUGUGUGUGUGUGUGUGUGUGUGUGAGUGAGAGAGAGAGAGAGAGAGAGAGAGGGGGGAAUGUCUGAUGUAAAGCUAACUACCAUUGGAAACCAAUCUCCUACACCUCCUUCACUUUACUACUGGUACUUUUCUGUUUACUCUGACAUGAAGCAGGACUCUGUAGGCAGCAGCUGAAUCAGCUCCUAUAGGAGUGGACUUUGCAUCUGAGAGCAGCACUACAGCACUGGCAGCUCCCUCAAAGACAGAGCUGCGGCUACAUCAGCCAGUGUAGCUAGCCUCUGAUCUCAGAUCUGUGAGUCUGCCUCACCUGUCCAGAGUCCAUGCACAUACCUCACAGACUCUCAGACAGUUCACGCCCUCUGUGGUCUGUGGCAGGUCUCUCUUUCCUGCACCACACACACACAUUCAUUUCUUCUUAGCUCUGGAUGCCCCCUGAUUGCCCCCCUCUAUACCGCACUCCUGAUCAGCCAAUUGGGAGAGAGAGGGGCUCCAGUGGGCAGUGAGGAGCUGAGAGGAGAUGUUCUGUCUGUGGGGACAAUGGAGACCUGGAGGGGGGGUAGACCCACUUAUUAGCAGCCACAGAAGCUCACUUUUUUUAACUGCGCCCACUGUCAUCUUCCUGCUCCAUGUUAGAUCAAUUAUCCCUUUACUUUGCCAAUGACCACAAAUAUCAAAUAUACCACAAAUGGUUUUUUGGACCAUCCAAAUGAGCUAAUUGGCACAGCCAUUGGUGUAAGCAGACAGUGAAGUCAGCGUGUUCAGUGUAUGCACAGGGCAAAAAACAUGGCGACUGUAGUUAGGCCUACUCUUUGAAUCUGGAAUCCCUCCACCUCUGCAAGUUAACUCAGUAAACCCCUUGCGUUGCACUAAAGAUAGUGUGCCUCAGCUAGAUACAUCUGUCUGUGGAGAACUGUAGCAUUGUGUUGUGUAGUAGCGGAUGAGUACAGUUAGCAGGAGAGGUACGCUGUGCUGCGGAGCGUGUGGCAGAUGUGAAGUAGAUAUUGUAGAACUCAAGAACUCGAACUUGUAGAACUCAACUCAUUGUAGAACUAUUUCAGUUCCAUUUGGCUGUCAAAUGUGUUGCAGUGGUAGAGUGGAGAGCAUUGCACAGUGUGAGUUGAAAAAAAAAAAAAUACAUGUCAGUUUUGAAUGUCUGAGAGAAAAAAGCUUGUGUUUAAACAACAUGCAUUAAACAGAGCUACAAUACAGUGAAAUUCUCUUUUGAACCCACAAUACUGCCCCCUCAAUAUGAAGAGGUAACUGUAGGUUAUUUCUGCUAUCCUUUGACCAAUGCUACAGAUAUGGGGGACCAGAAAGCGUGUUUGAAAUGGUGAUAAUAUUCCAGUUUAGAUCUCCUCAUGUCCAUCACUCGCCUCAGGUUCUGUGUCAUACAGCAAAAGUCGCGCUUCUGGUACUGAAUGCAUUCUGCUGAUUCAUAUAGGUGCAUAUAUCAACUCAAAAAUCUUCCAAUCUAAGCAAUUGAAUGGCAAAUACAGUAUAGUAAACAACUAUGUUUUCAUGGGCCGGUGGACAUGUCAUUGUUUGUUUGUUUGUUUGGUUGGUUGAUUGAUUGUUUGUUUGAUUGUUUGUUUAUUGUGUGUGAAUAGUGCAUGCUGUGUACAACAUGCCUCUAUAGCUGAGGAGAAAUCACGUUAUCUAAAAGAAAACACAUUUCAAUAAAGACGCAGUGCUAUGAAAAUGCU